AUGUCACUAGAGCAGCAGCUGCAAACAGAAGUCACUGCUUUUCAGACUUUACAAAAAGACUACUUCAAAGCUGUUCAAAACAGAACACAGCUUGAGUCUCAGCUUAAAGAGAACGAAGAGGUGUCAAAGGAGUUCAAAUUUCUCAAGGAUGAUGCCACCAUAUAUAAAUUAGUAGGCCCGGUUCUUGUAAAGCAGGAUACUCCGGAAGCUGUAGGGAACGUUUCCAAGCGCAUUGAGUAUAUCAGUGGAGAAAUUAAGCGUGUGGAGCUGCAGAUCAAAGAUUUGGAAGAGAAGCAAGAAAAAAAGAAGCUCGAGGUUGUUAAGCUACAGACCAUGGCUCAAAAUAUUAAAAAGUGA